AGCUGGGCGGGCAAGAUGGCACCCUGCACCCAGCUCCAGGAGAAGUACGGGCCGGUGUUCACCUUCUACAUGGGGCCCCGGCCAACCGUGGUGCUGUGCGGCUACGAAGCCAUGAAGGAAGCAUUCACAGAUAAUGCCGAAGCGUUUGGCGGGAGAGCUCCGAUACAGGCCCUGGGCGAUACCAUUUCCAAGUACGGAGUGGUCAGCACCAGUGGGGAGCGCUGGAAGCAGCUCCGUCGCUUCUCUCUCACCACCCUGAGGAACUUCGGGAUGGGGAAGAGAUCCAUCGAGGAGCGGAUCCAGGAGGAGGCCCGGUUCCUGGUGGAAGCGCUGCAGGAGACGCAAGGGCAUCCCUUUGACCCUACCUUUUACCUCAGUCAUGCCGUCUCCAACAUCAUCUGCUCUAUUGUGUUUGGCAACCGGUUUGAAUACGAGGACAAGGACUUCAUCACUUUGCUUGAGCUGAUCAAUACAGCCUUCCGGCUCAUGUCAUCCCCCGGGAUGCAGAUCUUUAAUGCUUUCCCGUGUUUGAAGCGGAUCUUUCCCAGUCCCCAUCGCAGACUAUCCAAAUGCUUCGAUGACAUCAUCAGCUUCAUCCUGCAGAGGGUCCAGAUGCACCGCGAGUCGUUCGAUCCAAAUUGCCCUCGAGACUUUAUUGACUCUUUCCUCGCCAAAAUGGAGCAGGAGAAAGAGAACCCGGUUUCUGAAUUCCAUGACAUGAACCUGGCUAUUACGGUUUUCAACCUAUUCUUUGCAGGGACGGAGACGGUCAGCAUCACCCUCCGAUAUGGGCUUCUCAUCCUCCUCCGGCACCCAGAGAUAGAAGCAAAAGUCCAAGAGGAGAUUGACCGGGUCAUCGGGAGGAACCGGAGCCCCUGCAUGGAGGACCGGAUCAAGAUGCCCUACACAGAUGCGGUUGUCCAUGAGAUCCAGCGGUUUGGGGACAUAACCCCAGUGGUGGCUUCUCACUUAAUGACACGUGACACCACAUUUCGGGGAUACAGCCUUCCCAAGGACACUGUGGUUGGGGUUUUCUUGACGUCUGUCCUGCAGGACCCUCAGUACUUUGAGACACCCAAGAAGUUCAAUCCUGGGCACUUCCUGGAUGAAAACGGGGCCUUCAAGAAGAGCGAGGCAUUCCUGCCGUUUUCAUCAGGGAAAAGGGUUUGCCUCGGUGAAAGCUUGGCCCGCAUGGAGCUCUUUCUGUUUCUCACGACUGUGUUGCAAAACCUGAAUCUGAAAACGUUCCAGGUCCGGGAGGAGAUAGACAUUUUGCCAGUAGUGGAGGGUAUCGGAAAGCGUCCCCCGCGCUACCGGCUUUCUGUGGCUCCACGCUGGAAGAUAACAUCCUACAUCUAAACACAACAGUGCCUUCCGAUGGAGCUCGGCUAUACGAGAUUUGCUUAAAAAAGUCCCAGCUCUGAAUAAUGUCUCAGAAAUUUACAUUAAUAAAGAGUCUUAUCUGUC